AUUCGCCAUCACUCUUUCUCAUCACCGCUUCUUUCACCCACACACGCUCCUUCAACCUCGCCAUCAUGCCCGCAGGCGCGGCCGACCCCGUCCCGCCAGCCGGCCCGGCGCCCCUUCCACCUCCAGACCUUAUGACAUCGUUGCCCGCACCCGUCCUUCGCCUCCUGGUCGUCUUCGCUGGCCCUAUCGCUGCCCUUCGCGCCGUGCUUGAGGUUCUUCUCUGGAAGCCUGAACGGCGUGUCCAGAGCUGGAUGUUCCUCCUCGCGUGGUGGUUCGCCUGUCUCUCCGGCGGGUACAUCUUCGCCUGGCUUGCGCCGCCACUACUUUUCGCACCACUCCUUCCUCUACAACGGCUGCGCCUUGGCGAGAGACGGAUGCCCGUACAGACGACGCCAGCGCGCCCCGCGACCUCCGAGACGCUUCUUCAGACGCUCGGCGACGUGCACAAAAUUCUUGCCCUCCUUCCGCCCUCUCCCCUUCCUCCCUUGUCGGCAAUGUAUGAGCGCUUCCGCGCUCUGGGGACACGUCGCUUGAUUCGCGGCCUUGCUGUCCUCUGGGGCCUUUGGGUUGCGCUUGAUCAUGCGCUCGGCACCCGCGUUCUUGUUGCGCUUGUGGGUACUGCGCUCAUUCUGGCCCCGUCCCCACCCCUUGCCCAAGUUGUGCACCUCGCCGGUAAGAGCCUAGCUGUACGUCGCACACUUGCCCUCACCUUUCUCCUCAUCUUUGGGUCGCCGGACCGCGACUAUCGCCUCGGUUCGCCUAUUGGCUGGAUAAAGAGCAAGUGGGCGAGCUCGCGACGCCCUUCCACCGUCCUCUCCUCGAGCCCCGUCAAGACCGCCGAGUCCGCCGCGCCCGCCGACCGCGCUGGCAACCCCAUCUACUUCCGCUUCGAGCUCCACGAGAACCAGCGUUGGUGGAUGGGUCUGGACUGGACGUCAGCCUUGCUGCCGCAAGAACGGCCCAGCUGGUGCGAUUCCCAUCUUCUUCCCGUCGCGCCGCCGCAGGCGUUUGCGCUUCCGGCUCCUUCCUCUAUCGACCUUCCUGCGCACACACGCGCUGAGCCGCGCGGCAUGGUGCGCCGUACCGCGACAUGGCGCUGGCUUGACGAUGACUGGAGCGUUGUCAAGAAGGUGAAGGGCGCGGCUGCGCCUGCCGAUCCAGCCCCCAUCCCAGCCCCGGCGCCGGCAUCCCGUCCCACAUCGGGCCUCUUCUCACCAUCCGACUCACGUUCGCCUUCCAUCGCUGAGACUGCGUUUGCCAAGGGGCUCGGGAAGCUCAAGAGCAUGCCGCUCCCGGGCGCCCCAGCACCAGCGUCACCUGCUCAGGGGCGCGGGUCUCUGGACAUGCGUCGCCAGCGCACGGGAUCGGAGAGCACAGACGUAUCACUGGAGGAUGUGGUACCCCCGGUCACCGGACAGCCCGAGGGAUCAAUUCCCGAGGCGGACGACGAGACAGACGCAGAUGGAUGGGUGUAUGGCGACAACAAGUGGGAGAACAUGACAGCAAGGGGUGGGCUGGGCAAAUUCACUCGCAGGAGGCGGUGGACCCGCCGAGCUGUCUGCACUGAAAGCGUGCACCGCAUUGUCGAGGCGCAGCCAUCGAGCGAGGACAUGGAGCCUGGGAGCGGCGCAGCCACGCCGAUGGCGCGCCGGCGUUCGAGCGGCGGUGCGCCCCGAGCACCGUCGUCACCGGCGCCCAAAGCGGGAGCUGUAGUGGCGCCAUCUGUCGCCAGCGACGAGCACUCCCACCGGGAACACCGGCCCGUUGUGGCCCCGGCGCCGGCACCGUCAACCAUCGUGCCGCCGGCCCGCACCAGCCUCGACCGCGACCAACAGCUCAAGCAGCGCCUCAAGAAGGCCAUGGGCAACAUGGGCGCGUAGUGUACCAGUACUAGACAUGCAACAUAGAUUCGAGCGCGUGGGCAUUGGCCUGUCUGCCCUCCGUACCCCCCAUAUCUGCUUGCAUUACAAUCAGUCGAGGACUCCUGCCAGGGACAGUGGCUGCC